AUGGCGUCAGGAGCGGGGGAUGGACUCCUGCAGAAGUGGUUGGAGCAGCAUGCUAGUAUGGCAGCGGCGGGAAGUGCAGAGGAGAGGGCCAAGAAAAUUACAAUAAAGUUGAAGAGUGAUUUGGGAGCAGCAUGGGAUAAAUUACGAGCUUCUCUGUCGCAGGGGGAAGCACAGGAAAUGACAGAUCUAUGCUCGAAGGAGAGGACAUGGUCCAGCGAGAGAGGGUCAACGAAUGAGCAGGAAUAUUUGAAAGAUUUAUGUAAAGCGGUAGUGGAGUUGAGAUAUUUUACCGCGGGCGGGGGAACGGUAGCCGUGAAACAGUUGAACUUCGAUAAGAACAUAAGCCAAGAUCAGUGGUAUCCGCGCUGUGUUGUUGGCGCAUUGGCCUUGUCGGAACUAUACGGGGAUCAUUGUCAUUUAGAGAAGGUCGUAAAGGAAAUAUCAUCUAAGGUGGAAGAGAAGUUAGGGGGGCAUACGGAAACUACGGGGAAUCUGGGCAGAUGUAGGGACAUUACGCGCACAGACAUAAUGCUGGCUAGAGGACUUCUGCAUAAUGAAAUCCAACAGUGGACAAAGGAGAAAAGGGACAAAGGAAGUUCGGGAGGCUGGAGAAUAGGGCAAUUGUGGGAGAAGAAAUGGAAGCCCGUUUGUCUGCAAGGUGGACGGAUGGAGGAAGCAAAGAAGCAUUAUUUAGAAGAAAAUAAAGCAACUGUAGUAUCCUUCUCAGGGCUGAAUAACGACGUUGACCCUAAAAGUGGUCAAUUAUCUACCAUAGCAGACAUUCUGACGAAGCCCGAGUUAACUCUGAAUGAGAGCAUCGUAGAACAAGCACUUACAGCAUCGCUGGAAGGAAAUGGAACUUCCUUCAAAGCGGAAGUCCUAACGCAGGUGUUAGAGAAGGAAACGCAGAACAGAAGAG